AUGCCUGUUGUUCUCAUCUACCUUGGCCGGGGCAGCUCUGAAUUGGUUUUAUCGGCUGGAACCAGGUACGAUAGACUCUUUCAACCAACCGAUCGUCUAUACUCUGCCGAUGACUGCUACACCAUUCGGCAAGGAGACAGUGAGCCCCUUUGGGAGUAUGCGGCCAGAUUCAGCCACGAGUACUCUCGGUGCCCGGAAACCGACGACCGAGCAGCCUUCAGCGCCUUCAAAAGUGGCCUCCGAGCCUCCCAAUUUCGCUACCUAGUGCACAGCAGCAAUUGGACCACCUAUGGCGAACUCAUGAAGCAGGCAGUCAUUCACGCCAAGGCCGAACACUUCAACUCCAAAGGAAUGCCUUCGGCAUCUAUUGGCCUGACGGCAAACACAGGUCAACCUUCGGCAUCCACCUAUGACCGUUUCCCGCCACAUCAGACUGCUAAUCAAGCUCCCUGCCUAACGGCACCCACUGUACCCGCACCUUACAUAACCGGGGACAAGCGAAGGGACUCGUUCCAGGGUCGGCAGGACGGAGGCAAACAGAAUAAGGAGUUGGGUGGCCGAAACUUCCGAAGCACCAAAAGCGACCGACCACCAGAGGUCUUCACCAUUCUCAAUUCAACCUACGAGCAUGUCCUCAUGGUUGAAAAUCAGAUGAUUCCGAAGCCAAGCCUCCGGAAGCUCCCUCAACAAGUCGACAAGGACACCGUAGUCUUUUGCUGA